UCUGGUCCAAAGAGACUGGAAGGGGCAAUGAAUUUCAGGUAUGUUUUGCCUGUGUUGGUUGCACAUGCAGCAAGCUCAUUGCUGCAUAUCCCUGCCAGAGAAGGGAGAACCUCGGAGGUGGCCGACUUGCUGGAUCGAGGAGGCCUUCGUCCCUGGAUCAACUACCGCACGGACGAUGGCCAGACGCCUGUAAUGGCAGCAAGUCUCGCAGGUCAUGCGGAGGUCGUGGAAUUGCUCAUUCAGAGAGGAUGUAAUGUCACCAUCGGAGACAAGGAGGGGUACAAACCUUUGGAUGCUGCAACUUGGACUGGUCAUCCCGAGGUGGUCGAGGUGCUGAUAAAGUACUCCAGUCCCGAAAAGCUGCACUUGUUUCAUAGCGACGGCUUUGCACCGAUUCAUCGUGCCUGCUGGGGUGAUGGUCACCACCACAGCAAAGCGGUGCAAGUCUUGCUGGAGGCGGGCGUCGAUCCGGAGCUGCAAGCCAAAAAUGGCACAACCUGCAUGCAGCUUGCAAGACGACAAGAAACUCGCGACCUCCUGAACGGCCACAUUGGGAGACCGAUCUGCUCAGAGGCAUGCUACAGCCAAGACUGAGCUUUAGCUCUGCUGG